AUUUCCAUAUGUGUUUGUAAAGAUGGAGUAAACGUGUAUGUAUCAUGUUACCAGGUGGAGAUGUCUUAUAAAAUGACCCAACCAAAAUUACAGGAGUUAUUUCAAAUCUCAUAGACUGGGGAGAGUUCAGCAAGGUACAACGUUGUGGAACGCUGCGGAUAGAAAUGGCAUGUAUAGAGUGGACAUGAUUCCUUAUUCUACAUGUCAGAGGCAUGGUUGUUUUUAUUUUUCUAUCUGCGUGUUCUCAAACGUUGUGUACCGCUAAAUGUGGCCCAGUCUCUGUUGAGCAAAGUGAUAGCGCUGGUUUCAUCAGCAGAAAACCACGAGUCACAAGGUUUCCCAGUGACUGAAAGGGAGGGACGGGCUGCCUAUUGAAUCAGUCCCACACUGGACAGGAUUUGAGAUUAUUUUGCGUAACUAAACCUACUCUUGAGUUUGUUUAGUUUCUGAAUACCAUUUUGUAGGUAAUCGUCUUCUGCUCCCGAGUGAAAGUUGUAAAACGUGUCAACAUUUUUUUUUACUAUGUAUGUUCAUAAUGUUAAAAAUAAUAAUAAUAAUUACUCUUGGAUUAUUUUAUUACUGUUGGCGCCACCCAAAGGUUUGUUUUAUGUACGCAAUGACGUCAUUUGACGUUUUGGGAGGCUAGCUUCUUGACGGAGGAACAAAGUGAAGCACAGCGGAUGUUUUAUGUGCAACAGCCUACUAAACAAAGUUUUCCCAAUACACCUGCCACGCAGCCCCCAACAGUCUUCACCGUGAGACCUAAGAGCACGCCACACUGGCAGCAAUGUCUUACAGUAAAGCAGACGGCUAUCGCACCCAGCCACGGGACUCCAACACCCUCAUCCAGACAUGCAGCUCCAACAUCCAGAAGAUCACACAGAACACUGCUCAGAUAAAGAGCAUGGUGAAUCAGCUGGGGACGAGGCAAGACACAAGCGAACUGCAGGACCGUCUGCAGCACAUUCAGCACUUUACCAACCAGCUGGCCAAGGAGACCAACAAGCACCUGAAAGACCUGGGCUCCGUCUCACUAUCUUCAGCACCUUCAGAGCAGAGGCAACAGAAGAUCCAGAAGGAUCGGCUGAUGAAUGAGUUCUCCGCUGCCCUUAACAACUUCCAGGCCAUACAGCGCCAGGCAGCACAGAAGGAGAAGGAGUCUGUGGCCAGAGCCAGAGCUGGUUCCCGUCUCUCUGCUGAAGAUGGUGUCUCUGAGGAACAGCUGGUGUCUUUUGAUAACCAAGAAGAUUGGGCUCAGACAACCACACAGACGACAGAGGAGGCCAUAACAGAAGAGGACUUGGAGCUUAUCAAGGAGAGAGAGACCAACAUCAGACAGCUAGAGUCAGACAUCUUGGAUGUGAACCAGAUCUUCAAGGACCUGGCAGUGAUGAUCCAUGAUCAGGGAGAGAUGAUUGACAGCAUAGAGGCCAACGUGGAGAGUGCUGAGGUCCACGUAGACCGAGGGACGGAACAGCUCCAGAGAGCCGCCUACUACCAGCAAAAGUCCCGUAAGAAGAUGUGCAUUCUGGCUGUGGUCAUGUCCAUAGUACUGACCAUACUGGGCAUCAUCAUCUGGCAAGCCACCAAAUGAGAAGAGAGACAACCCUCCUCUCUUUCACAUCUUUAUUUAUUUCAUUCCCCCACCCAACCUGAAACACCAGCCCGGGACGGAUCCCCUCCAACCUGAAACACCAGCCCGGGACGGACCCCCUCCAACCUGAAACACCAGCCCGGGACGGAUCCCCU